AGAAGACGUGAUAAAAACACAUGUUUGCCUGUCAAAACAUACGUUUCAACUAUCAAGUUUAAAAUAUAUAACUGUUUUAUUUAAAUUUUCAGUAUUCAGUGGUUAAUAGUCAGUACUUAUGUCUUAUUCAUAAUCUCAAUGGUAAUUACUAAUUUCACACUGUACACAGUCAGUUGAUGAUCCAGCAUUUCGGUCAUGGUCAGAUGUUAAAAUAAAUAUAUGAAUAUUCUGAAAUGGAUACAAGCAAUGAUUAUUUAUUCGCUCUACAAUUGCAAAACGAGUUGGCCAAUUUCGGAGAAAAUGACGGGGAUCUUUGCUACAUAGAUGUGACAAAAUCUACAACCAGUUUGGCUGCCAACUAUAGUAGUGAUAGUGUAAUUGAUUUAACUGAUAUAAAUACCAAUGUUAAAAAACAAAAGCGUAAUGCUAUUGAUAAUGUAUCUCGACCAAUUAAACAGCCAUGCCCUAAAAACGUAGAGGCUACCGAAAGUAUAGUAGACCAUUCUUGGGAAAUGUUGGAUCCAAAUCCAGACAUACACGGUCUAUUUUUAGCAUUUAAUCGACAGUACUUUUGGAGUACAUUGAACUCAGUCAUGAUACAGUGGAGCAAAAGGAUGACAGUCUGUGCUGGUUUAUGUAGAUAUCAAAAUGGGUUUUGUUCCAUAAGUCUAAGUGAACCACUGUUGAAACUCAGGCCUCGAAAGGAUUUAGUUGAAACAUUAUUACAUGAAAUGAUUCAUGCAUAUUUGUUUCUUACAAAUAACAAAGAUCAUAACAAUAGAGAUGGACAUGGGCCAGAGUUUUGUAAACAUAUGUACAGAAUAAAUGUAGCAGCUGGUACUAAAAUAACAAUUUAUCAUGGUUUUAACGAAGAAGUUAAGGUGUACAAAGUACAUGAGUGGAAAUGUAAUGGGCCAUGUCAAUAUAAGAGGCCAUUUUAUGGAUCUGUAAAAAGGUGCAUGAACCGCGCUCCAGGGCCAUACGAUAGGUGGUGGACUCAUCAUCAAGCCACUUGCGGUGGAAUUUUUACUAAAAUCAAAGAACCUGAAGGGUUUGGAUUGAAAAAAAAAACAACUGUUAAAAAACAACUGGAUGUUAAACCUGUUAAUAAAAUUACAAAUUUCAUUACAAUAUUGGAUUCUCCAACAAGCAAAGUUCAUCAUGAUGGUUCUGAAAUACAUUCUAGAUCAAAAAAAAAUGAUCAAAAGCUUCAGUUUAAUAACAAGUCAAACUCACCCACACAGGACGUUUAUGAUAAGAAUGCCAAAAUGUCUUCUGAACCUAAUGAAUAUGAUAAACAAAAUGUUAAAAAGAAUUUAUAUGUAUUGGAUGAUUUUUGUAAAGUAGAUGAUUUUAGUGAUGAAGAGGUAGCUGAGUUGUAUGAUGAAUUAACUCCAUGUCCCAUUUGUAAUGAAAAUCAGUUAACAGACUGGUUGAAUGAUCAUUUACAAAAAUGUAGUCAGUUGAGAGAGAUGUUUGGCAAUGAAAUUAAUGAUAUGUGUAAAUGCCCAGCUUGCAAUGAUACAGUUGAUAGAUCCUUAAUGAAGGAGCAUUUAAAUAGUUGUAAAAUGUUGAUCAAUGUGUUUGAGAAUGACACUGAUAAUAUUCCUGAUGAUACUAAUUAUAUAAACUGUCCAUGUUGUGAUAAAAUGGUCAAAGAAAGCAAUAUUAAUACACAUUUAGAUAUUUGUAUGUCAACAGAAUCACUAAAGCCAAAUCAUGAUAAAAAUAAUUUAAAAUGCCCAUGCUGUGAAAAAGUAUUUAAAAAUAUUAUAGAAUUGGAUGAUCAUAUAGAUAACUGUUUGUCAGUAUGUUAAUAAUUAAUUUUAUAUUUCGUUUAUUUUUUAUAUUUAAUAUAUUGUGUUAUAAGAUGUUUA